UCGUACCGCUCUGCUCGCCUUGCUCGCCCACUCUUGUCGUCCAAUUUUUCUUCCAGCGGUCUCAUCCUGUCUGCCAGCUCCAGCGCAACCGUUAGCUAGCUAAUAGGGAGUAGCGCUUCAUUCUCACUGAAGAAUUCUGUUUUGAUACCUCAGCAUUGUGUCAUUUAGCUGAAUAAUUCGUUUGGGAAAAAUGAAUUUGCGAUUUUUCCGUGCCAACACGCCUCCUAGAAGACAGCCCCCCCUCCGUAAAGUCCACUUUUUCACUUCGACCUCGGUAACGUUAGCUGAACGGGUAACGUUAUAGCAAGGCAGUUCGUUUUGACAAGACGAGUGGCUCAUCUGUCCGCCACUGCUGCUCCGUAACGGGGUGGGGGGGAUUUGGACAAAGCCAGUCAGAUGUUGGACGGUAAAAACAUCCUCGGAAUUAAAAACGUUUCUACACCGUAUUGUGAAAUUGAAUUAUCAAGCUGAUCAUCUGUCGUGAAAGUGCCAGGAAUAAGGGGAGGAGUGAGGUAUAUCUUUGGAGGUCCGAGAGUUUGGAGCUCGCUCCGAAGGAAGGGGUAACGUAAGGGGUGUGCAGAGGAGGAAGACCCGCAGAGAAGAAGGGACGUAGGGGGACAAAAGCCUGAUGCCAGUGAUGGCAAACGAGCCGAUCAUCCUGAACGUUUAUGAUAUGUACUGGAUCAAUGAGUUUACCAGCACUCUGGGCAUCGGAGUCUUUCACUCAGGGAUUGAGAUCUAUGGAAGAGAGUUUGCCUAUGGCGGACACCCGUACCCAUUCUCAGGGAUCUUUGAGAUUACGCCAGGUGAUGCGACCGAACUUGGCGAGACCUUUAAGUUCAAAGAAGCCAUAGUCUUGGGCAGCACAGACUUCACAGAGGAGGAUGUGGAACGGAUCGUGGAGGAGAUGGGGAAGGAGUACAAAGGCAACGCCUACCACCUCAUGCACAAGAACUGCAAUCACUUCUCCUCAGCACUGUCAGAGAUCCUGUGUGGCAGGGAGAUCCCUCGCUGGGUCAACCGCCUGGCCUACUUCAGCUCCUGCGUGCCAUUCCUCCAGAGCUGCCUGCCCAAAGAGUGGCUGACCCCGGCUGCCUUACAGUCCAGCGUCAGCCAGGAGCUCCACGGAGGAGGGGAGCUGGAGGAGGCCGAGGACGCCGCUGCCACAGCCUCCCUGGCAUCCAUGUCGCCCUGCUCACCCUCAUCCUCCUCCAGCCCUUCCUCCUUGCCUCGUCAUUCCCGACACCAGCCCCGCCGGUAGAGGCUGCGAGGUCUGCUGGGAGACUUGGGCUGGACUCGUGGUUAUAGAGACCGUCAGGUAACCAAAUACCUGCAGCAGCUGAUGAGUCCAGCUACAGCCAAAAGUCCUGCCAGACUGUCUUCGAGCAAGGCACUGAACUGCUACCUGCUCUAAAUGUCAGCCAAAUCUCUACAGUGAUCCAGAGCAGUAUGAAGGAACUCUUGCUGCUGACAAAGGCAGGAUCCUCUCUGUGAACAUGGCUAAUGGAUUCCAACAUCCCAUCCAAACUAUUUCCCUCAAGUGUCUUUCAUUAUUUUACCAGCCAACAGAAUAAAAGUAACCGACGGUUGUUUACCCAUCAAAGUGUUUCAGAGUUUACCAGCCACAUCAAGAUUUUAACCAGCAGCUAGUUGGUGGAUGGUGCUAAUCCCCGCCUUGUUGUAGUGGAAACCAGUGAGAGGAGAUGCUGAAAAGCAGCGUUGGUUUGGCUCAGUUCACAAGGACUGACCUUGAACGAUGUGAUUUGAGUAACCCUAGAUGUUUAGAUGUUUCCAAAACUAUUUGACCAUCCAACAAGCACUUGUGAUUGAGUAUAGAUGAUUGAAAGCAUAACAAAGAAAAUAAUGAUUAUUAUUAACUUUUCACUGUUUGUUUUUUCUUGCGAAAUACUGGAUAGUUUUCAGGCUAGCAGGUUUUUACAAAAACACCGUUUGGGAGUUCCAGAGUGUUAAAAACUCCACCAAACUAACGGGGAACACACUGAACAAGACCCUUGUUUUUCUGCUGUAAUGUGAAUACGCCUUAAGGGGUCUCUUCAUAUUGAACAUCCUUACAAUCUGUGCUUUUUUUUUUUGGAAGAAGGUAGAGGACAAUAAAGCACAACUGCAUUGGUGUCAACACUCAGCCUUGGUAGUUGCAAUUUGGCCCACAACAAGACACUGAAUCCUGAAUAUCUGCAAUCUGACACCAUCUGAAGAGAAACCGACUGGAACAUUUCGUCAUUUUAGUUUUAAAUUACCACUAGCCAAGCGCUGGUAUAAUUUGAUCUGUGGCUGGUAAAUGUUUACACUGCAGCCAACAGUCGUUAAGAUGUCCCUGAAUAUUUGGCUGGUAAAAUUUUGAAAGCAGCAGCUGGUGUUCGGGAGCUAUACACUUUGCCUCAACAUGCUGUGUGCGCAUCAGGGCCUCAGCCUUUUGUUUUAUUUUUCUCUCACAGCAGGCUGGAUAGACUUAAGAUAAAAACUACCAUCAGCCUCACGCUCCUCAAACACCAUACACAUCCAGAACCAGCGACUAAAUAGGUGAACAUUUCUAACACACCUUGGAUGGGUUCAGUUCCAGGUCAUUUUUGCUUCCCAAGUCCCUUUCUUUGUUCCUUUUUUUUAUGUCAAGUCUGUAUCAGCAGUUGUGGGGUAUCUGUAGCAGCUCUUCCUACCUCCCAUCAUGGGAUAAUCCACGCAUGAUUUGAGAAACUUAAACCCAAUGAAGCAGAUUUUUUAAAUGCAUCAUUCCGUAAUGUAAUAAUUUUGAAAAAGCAAGUUAUUUCCUAACCAAUAAUGUAAUAUUGUUAAAGAAAUUCUAAAUAAUUUAGAAAUUAGGUUGCAGGGCAGGCAGCGACAUAUAGAUUAGAAAAUACUUUUUGUUAUCCAAAGGUUCUUGGUUUAAAUUCCGGAGUAAAAGAGAGUGAAUUAUUUCUUAGUAGCAACUGCCUUGGUGCCUUUGAGCAAGGUACUUAACCCACAAGUGUUCCAGUGGCCAACAGUAGAAGACUGUGGUUGUACUGGGCUGCUCCCAGUUGUCAGUGUGUUUCUUUGUAAGCAUUAAGCAAAAAUGUUUUAUCUUCGCCAGAGUAAAUCAAGGUUCAAGUUUACAUUAAGGACACGAUGUCAUCUACAUAAAUGUCUUAAGACGACAGGCAGUUGGAGCCAAGGAAGGGAAUUUGAGGAAGAGUGUGUCUUAAAUGAGAACUGACCCAUUACCCCAACCCUCUUUAACUGACCUGCCAUCAGCCUGCACUCCUGACAGUCAUUUUCCUCACAUCUGUGUUCAGUUACGGAUGAUGCACAUUGGUGUUAUUUGGAGCAUCAUCACAGCAACACAUUUUAGGUUUUAUUUCAAGCGUUUAUAUUUACAUUACAGUCCUUAAUCAUCUAUAGCAGUAUAAUUUUACACUUCACAAGACGAUGCUGCUUUUCCCAUGUGAUGAGCACCUCAUUUAAAAACUCUUUAUAUGCUGUCAACAACAACACCACAUAUGCUGCAUAAUGUGUAUCGUCCAAAACAAGAGCAAUGGAUGUAUUGAAAACACAUUUCUAAGUAGAAUUUACCUGUUUUGCUGAAAGUCUGAAGACGGAACUACAAGCAGGAAAACUGUCACUUUCUUUCCUUUUUAUUUUAUUUUUUUAAAUCCUUUAUUUCUAUGAUAUAUGGACUCUGGCCUUUAUGUCUGUUUUGUUUGUUUGAUAAACUCAGGACUCUAAAA